AAAUUAUAAUAAUACGCGUAUAACUGAUGAUGACAACAAUGUUUUUCUGAAAUGUUUUUACGGUAAAAGUACAAGAUAUCAAACUUAUUUUAUAUUUUUUUAAAUAAAAUAAAACUAUUAUUUGUCGACAAAGAAAAGUAUAGAAGACUAGAAAUUUAAUAAUUUUUAAAAAAUAAUUUUGAAGCAGUUUAAAAAGUUUAAAAAGCGAAAAAAUAUUUGGAAAGAGAAUCUAAGAUUUUUAUACUGCACAUUAUUUUAUUUAUUAUAUUUCUAAAAUAUUCGAAAUUUAUCUCACCUUUAUCUUACAGAUUGUAACAGUGUUUAAGAGAAAAAAGUGAAAAUUUUAAGUAUGUAUUUUAAACAAAAUAUAUAAAUAAAUAAAAUACACCAAAGAGAUCUAAUGCAUUUUAUUUCGUUUGUUUUAAUAACUUUCCAUUUUAUGACUUUUUAGAUUGAUUCAAGGUCACUGCUUCAAAGAAACUUUGUCUUCUUCUAUGAUACUGAAAAAUAUAAAUUAUAGAAAAGUAUAAUGUUUAUUUAAUAAAUACACAAUAAUUUUUAUAAAAACUUCAAAAAAUUUAGAAAAAAAAUUUGCAUUAUUAAAUUCUAAAAGUAAUAAAAAUGUACGUUUUCUUAUAUCCGUUAUAUAUUAACAAUUACUUCAAGUAGCACUUAUCUAAAGAUACCCUGUAUGUAUUUGUAUGCAAAAAUUAUUAUUAUAACAAUUAUUUUAAUUUUUUGCAUAAAUGUAUUUUUCCGCGUAUUGGCAAUUUAUGUUUAACUAUUUGCAUAUAACAGCAUUAAAAAACACAAAUUCAAUAUGUACUACUAUGUUAACAUGUAUUUGCAUAAUAAUAAAAGAUACGCUAUCUGACGUGAGAGAUUCUAUAAGAGAUUUGUCUUCCACAAUUAAUUAUGUUGUUAUUAAUUAAUGUAAUUUAAUUUAACUUAAUGACUAGUAACAGCACAUUGUAUUAAGUACAAAUAUAUACAAAUAUAUAAGUGAAAAUUAAUAAUAGUAACAAUGAUAGUAUUAAUGUAUACGAAGAAUAUGUCGAAUUAGACUGAUAUAUCCACGAGGAUAGUAUAAAGUCUAUUUUGAAUGUAACAUCCAAGCAUCAUUCAGUAUUCAAUAUCGUUCAUGACAAUAUUGACUGCUCUUCACAAUCGGUUCGUACAGGGAACGCUGAUCAUACGUGCGUAGCUAGUCAUAAAUGUGAUCCAUUUGUGUUUGAUAAGUGUGUAGCAAGAAAAAUGAUUUUCAGACGUCUCAUCGAAUUAUUUACAAUGUACAGAUCGUAUAGAUACCGUCGCAUGUCAGGUGAGAGAAUAAGAUCUGAAGAUUCAGGGCCUGCAGAUUUUGAACGAGCAAUUACAGCGACAGGAUACGGAAAAUUUAAUUAUUUGCUAUUGCUGGCGAUACUACCAGCCAGCUUCUCCAGUAUUUUCUCAUCGUCAACGAUGUCCUACGUGUUACCGUCCGCCGAGUGCGAUCUUCAGCUAACAAUGUUCGACAAAGGCCUGCUGAAUUCAAUGGCAUUCGCAGGAAUGAUUUGCACAGCGUUUUUCUGGGGUUGCAUGACCGAUAUGUUCGGUCGUAAGAAAAUAAUGUUCUACGGUUACCUGCUUACUGGUCUACUAAGUAUAGCAACGUGUUUCUCGCACCGCUCUUGGCUUUUAAUAACGUUCAAAUUUUUUGAUGGUGUGAUCAUAUCCGGCCCAUAUGCGGCACUUAUGUCGUACUUAGCGGAAAUACAUAACGAAACACAUCGAUCGAGGUGUUAUAUGUGGCUUGGCGUGUUCUUCUCACUUGGAAACAUUUCCUUGCCAUGUAUUGCAUGGCUUAUAAUACCUCAAAAGUGGUACAUCACAUUUUUAGGCAAAACAACGGAGAUCAAUUCCUGGAGAAUAUUCUUAGCUAUUUGUUCACUGCCCGAGUUUCUGGCGUGCAUCGCUCUUUUCGCUUUCCCAGAAAGUCCACGUUUUCUUAUUUUAAAAGGUCGACACGACGAAGCAUUGAAUGUCUUUAAGAAAAUCUACUCGCUUAACACUGGAAAGGAUUCUGACACAUAUCCGAUAAAGAGUCUGGAAAAUGAAUUUUCCGUCGAAUCAAGCGGAGAACAUAUACGGGACAAGCUACAGAACUGUUGGAAGCAAAUAAAGCCAAUCUUCGUGCGACCCACCGUCUUCAGAUUGAUACUGAUUUCGAUGAUACAGCUUGGAGCAACAAUAGGAUCGAACUCGCUUCGGCUUUGGAUGCCACAACUGUUCGCGAUGAUCGAGAGUUACAAAAGUACUCUGAUGAAGAAUGAUAGCCACAUAUCGGGUUUGCAACCUUCAUUUUGUUACAUGUUAGGCCAGGAAAAGUCGCAUCUUAAUUUAACGCAGUACGUUAGCAAGACAAGUAAUUUUACGGUUGUAUGCGUUCCGGCGGAAUUGAACUCCAGAGUCUUUAUCAAUUCCAUUGUCAUCGCUAUGACGGGCGUUAUUGGUUAUACUUUAGCUGGUUCUUUGAUUACAAUGGUUGGAAAAAAGAAGUUAAUGGCAAUUUGUUUCGUCGUUGCCGCUAGUUGUUGCGGUUCAUUAUAUUGGGCUGAAGAUACUAAUGGUAUUCUCGGAUUGUCUUCGGUAUUUGUCGCUAUGACGAGUAUAGGUGGUGCAACUGUUAUUAAUGUUAUCGUCGAUAAUUUUCCUACAUAUCUAAGAACUAUGGCGGUUAGCAUAAACAUGAUGAUGGGAAGAAUUGGCGCAGUAAUUGGUAAUUUACUAUUUCCAAUUCUAUUCAAUCUAUCGUGUUUAGGACCAUUUAUUAUGAUUGGCUCAGCCUCUUUAGUAUCUGCAUUUUUGGUUGUUAUUCUACCUCGUAAAACAACACAAGGUGACAAACCAAAGGAUAUUGUUUGAUCUUUCUACAGAUACAUCUAACGUGUUUCAUUAUUUGUUUUAUUAUUAGUAAAAUAUCGUCGACAUGUAAAUAUUUUUUCAUCCUUAUGUAUUUUGAUAAAUGCUUUUUAUUUGCAAUAUUUUUCACUAUGUAAAUACGCAUGUUCAUCUAGCAAAUAAUAUUCACAAUUUCUACCUUUUGUAUACAUACAUACAUGUAUAUGUAAAAUAAACAAACGGAUUACAUGAUUGUAUAAUAAGUGUACGUAGGUAUAACAUGCAUGUAUAUACAUAUAAGAAAAAAUAUUUUAAAUACAUCCUGCAAAUGUAA